AUGUCCUCUCUACUCUUCUACCUCCUCACCCUCAUCACGAUCCUCACCGCCACGGUCCACACGCUUCUCUUCCUCGGUCGAGUCCUCAAGAACGAUGCUCUCGAAUUCUACGGCCGCUUCCUGGCCGGCUCAAUAGCGCUCUUCGUCUGCGCGCUGUAUGGCAUGAUCGCAUCGGCGGUGCUCAAUGUCGUCGGAUAUGGAGGACUUGGGCAAUGGACGACAGCGCGGGCGUACAAGUGGACAAUGCUUCUCGUGACGGGAGUGUGGUUUGAUAUUCAUGACGGUGGAGCUCCAGGUGGUGGUUCUGCGGGAGGAUGGCUGGAUAAGACGCGACCGGCCGUGUUCGUCGGCAACCACCAGUCGGAAUUGGACAUUUUGUCCUUGGGACACAUCUUCCCAAAGUACUGCUCGGUCUCGGCCAAGGCGAGCUUGAGGUACAUGCCUCUGCUAGGAUGGUUCAUGUACCUCUCGAAAACCGUCUUCAUCGAACGCGCCUCUCGAGAAAAGGCCCUCGCCGCUUUCGCCGACGCCGCCAAACAAAUGCACGAUGCCCGACAGAGCGUCUACAUCUUCCCCGAAGGCACCCGCAGCUACUACGACCACGCCGACCUCCUCCCAUUCAAAAAGGGCGCCUUCCACCUCGCGAUCCAGGCACAAGUCCCGAUUGUCCCGGUCGUGGUCGCAAACUACAGCCACAUUCUCAACGUCAAAGCGCGCCGUUUCACGACUGGACGCAUUCCGAUCAAGAUCCUAGAACCGAUCUCAACGAAGGGAUUGACGAAGGAUGAUGUUGACGAUCUUCUUGAGAAGGUCAGAAGCUCGAUGUUGGCGGAGCUGAAGACACUCACAGCAGAGGCUCGC